AUGAGUGGCUGUCAAACGUGGGAGGCAGCCGUGCAGUCGGCGGCCAAGUCGAAGAAGAAGGGCGGGGGCUUUCAAAGCUUUGGCCUGGAUAAGCCACUCCUCGAUGCGAUUCUGAAAAAAGGCUUCUCCGUGCCCACCCCGAUCCAGCGCAAGGCAAUCCCGCCAAUGCUGCAGGGGAACGACGUGGUUGCCAUGGCUCGCACCGGGUCGGGAAAGACAGCGGCGUUUCUCAUUCCAAUGUUAAACGCCCUGAAGGCACACUCAAAAGUGGUUGGCAUUCGCGGGCUAGUGCUGUCCCCGACGCGGGAGCUCAGCCUGCAGACCUUACACAACGGGUUCGCGCUUAACAGAUUUCUCGAUUUGCGCUUCGCUGCCUUGGUGGGCGGAGACUCGAUGGAGCAGCAAUUUGAGCUCUUGGCGUCGAACCCCGACGUGGUCGUUGCGACGCCCGGUCGUCUUCUGCACAUCAUGGAGGAGGCUUCGCUGCACCUCACGAGUGUGCGCUGCCUCGUUCUGGAUGAGGCGGAUCGCCUAUUUGAGUUGGGCCUGCAGCCGCAGAUCGGAGCCAUCAUGCAGAAAAUACCCGAGUCCUGCCAGCGUGCCCUCUUUUCCGCGACGAUGCCUAGCGUAUUGGCGGAGUUCACGAGCGCUGGCCUGCAUAACCCGGUUGUCAUACGCCUCGACUCGGAGAUGACGUUGAGUGACCAACUCAAGCAGAGCGCCUUCCUCGUGCGCAACGGCGAAAAGGUUGCCGCAUUGAUCGUACUGCUCAAGCGCCUGCUGCACGUUGGAGAGGCCAUCGUGAAUAAUGCGCAGGCGCUCAUUUUUGUCGAAUCCAAGUUUCAUGUGGAGUAUCUGCAGAUGAUUCUGACCACCUACGGUAUCUCAGCGAGUGCGGUACACGGGCAGAUGGACCAGGAGGCUCGUCGCCUUGCCGUGCGCAGCUUUGCGAAGCGUGAAACAACUGUGAUGGUGGUCACGGACGUGGCGGCGCGCGGUUUAGACUUGCCGCUGCUCGACAACGUUGUCAAUUUCUCUUUUCCCUUCAACCCAAAACUGUUUGUGCACCGCGUCGGCCGUGUCGCGCGCGCCGGUCGCUCCGGUACGGCCUACUCUCUUAUGACCUUCGAGGACUUUCCGUACUACAUCGACCUCAUGCAGUUCAUAGGCCGGCCCCUGCAGUCCGCCCCAGUACCCGGCGACCUUCUUUUCACUCCAGACGACGGCUGCUACGGCCGCUUACCCGAAGAGGAUAUUCAGCUCGAGCUCGACUUCCUCAAACGCCUGCACGAAAACGAUGUAGAGGUGCGCAACAUGGCGCGAGUGGUAGAGCACGCACAUACAAAGUUCAACCGCACAAAGAAGAAGUCGACGCACGAAGCGAUACAGGAGGCCCGAAAGCCGCAGUACGCCUUUGACCGCACCCCACUGCAUCCAAUGCUGCUCGAGCGCCUCGGCAGCACCCGGCUACGCGCUGAUGAGGCGCGCUUCGACCUCAAGCGUUUCAAGCCGAAGGAGCUCUUCCUAGAAAUGGGCUCGAAGGAGAAGCUGUUUGCGAUUUGCCGGGCGGAAACAGCGCAGUCUUUGUCACGGCCUACCAAGGCCGAUGGCGAGGCGGAGAAAGGCGGAGCGCCCUCAGCGGCGCCAAAUGAGAAAAAGCUCUCUCUUGCCGAGCGGAUGCUGCAGCGUGCGCAGGAGCGCAAAAAGCGUGAGCGCGAAGGCGGCAGCUGCAGCAGUAGCAAUUCCCUUCACAGCGACGAUGCGGUGAUGAACGUGGUGACCCAUUCGCGUCAAGCGGCACUGGGACAGGAGGAAAGCAUCGAGUCCGGCGCCUACCGUGACGUGAACUUCUUCAUGGUCCUGGAGCGGCGUGACACCCUGAACAACGCUCACUACUCUGUCAAGGAUGCGACAAUGGAUAUCACUGCCGAGACGGCUGAGGAGGCUGCGCAGCAACGGCAGGUGUUUGCGUGGAGCAAGAAAAAGAAUCGCUAUGUUCAGAUGCACGUCAAUGACGCCAAGGCCCUCCUGAAAGGCGUGAAGAACGAGGCCGGUAGGGCCAUCAACUACAAGAGCAAGCUCCAGGCCUACUCGAAGUGGCUGAAGAAGAGCAACAUGCGCAUUCAAGAUGUUGGCGAAGAGGAGGACCUCGUGCCGCUGAAGCGCGCCAAGGCAGCAGCCUUGUCGUCCCACCCACAAGACGGUGAGGGGGACGGCGAUAUUGUAGAUAUUAGCGACCCGAACCAGGGCAAGAAACUCCGCGUUGGUCGAAAGCAAAAGCGACUUCCCAAGGAUGGCCAUGUACGCUCUUUCGAGGAGAUGGCGACAAUGCGGCGCAAGGCAGAGAAGGAGAAGAACCGCUUGGCGCGUAAGAAGCAGCGCCAUGACGUUGGAAAGAAGAAGGGCAAGUAA